AUGGACUCAGCACAACUUGAAAAAGCUCUCAACGAAAUGCCUGCAGUGACACUCAUUACCGAGAUUCCUGAAAUACAAAACGCUAUAGCACAUUUACUGAAAUCAAACCAAGAGAUGCGCGAAUUUGACCCAGACAACAAAGACCCAGAUUUCAUUCAGGCCAUUAAAGAAAAUGCAGAACUCAUCAAGCGCAAGGAAAAGCAAGUGAAUAUUACGCUUCAGGUAAUUCGAGAGCGUCUUGGCGAAGCUGCAUGGCGAGAAAUGGGGAGCAAUGUGAAAGAAUUCAGAGAACUUCACGCACACGAGUUGAAAGCAGAGCAGCAAUCGCAGCAAUCCAAUGCAGAAAAAAACGAAGAGGAAGGCGUGUUCUUGUAG